AUGUUCGAGCUACUUGUUUUAAUGGUCAAUCAUUUAAUUUUGGAUAUUGAUUCUAAAGAUGUUCACACUGAUGAAAUUCAUAAAAAAAAUGAACAUGUUACACGAUAUAGUAGUCAGGAAUCUGAUGAAUUUAAUAAUAGUCGUGGUAAUAUUCAACAAAAGCAGGAUUUUCAUGGAAAUCAAACUGGUUAUAAAUUUGGCAAUUUUUAUGAUUAUAAAGUUGAACAUCCUACUACACAAUGUACUCAUCCUGAACAUAAUGAAGAUUCUAUUGAAAAGAAUAUUGAUGUUUGUUCUGGAACUGCCAGUGGUAAAAUUGAUUUUCUUACCGAUAUGUUAGUUGUUCAUACAGAUACACAAAUGCAUACUUGUGAAAGAUGUAAAGAAACAGCGUCACUUCUCGAUCGACGAAUGGUUUCUGGAACUCCAUAUGUUAUGUAUGGAAAAAACUACUAUCAUCCUAAAUGCGCAAAACGUGCUAAGAUUUGUGAAAAUUUUGAUUUCACAAAUUUAUCAAAGAUAAAAGCAAGAAAUGCACAAAAAGAACUCGAAAAUGCACAAAAAGAACUUGAAAAUGAACAAAAAGAACUUGAAUAA